GGUUUUAAAUAGACACGUGGCAUGUGAUGAGUGGGAGUUGAGAGAACCCACCUGGUGGCAUCGAAUUGGCCGAAUUAGACAACUGCGUCGUUGUUGAAGAAAGACCCUUGGCUUUGUCUGUAGGAAAUUCGUGCAUUUUUUCAGAUCUUCAAUUCUACAAAUUAUUGCUUCUCUCUCACCAACCCAUUUCAGACCUAAUUUUAGCUUCCACUUCACCUGCUCAAAUCCCAACGUAUUUAAUCUGUCAAUUUUUUUUUUAAAAUCAUUGGAAUUGGGCAGCUGCAAAGUGAAGUCCUGAUUUGGGCUUCAUCACUUCGACUUAGGGUUACUUCCUCUGUCGAUUUAGGAUUUUAGGGUAAUUUGGUUUUCGAUUUGGAGAAAAUUAACCAUGGGUUUAUAGGUAUUAAUCGGCAAAGUUAGAUUGUAUUUCUUCGUUUGAUUGAACAAUGGAAGGCGAUUUAUCGUCGCCAAGUACUAUGCGUGGCAACCCUUCCUACGGAGGUUUCGAUUUCCACCUCCACCACAACCCUAACCGUAGGCAACCUUCCUCAAUAGCCCACCACACGAUUCACGAGAAUUUCCCGCUCACAAUUCGAAGCACUCAAGAUUUCGACCAGAGCAUUUACGGCAAAUCCGCAAGCGAAGAAGAUGAGCCGAGCGUUAUAGAAGAGAGAAAAGGCAAGAAAUCUUCUUCUUCACCAUGGCAGCGUGUGAAAUGGACCGAUACAAUGGUGAGGCUUCUAAUCACAGCUGUCUCUUACAUAAGCGAGGAAGCUUCUUCGGAACAUUCUAAAAGGAACUUAUCGAACUUGCAGAAGAAGGGUAAAUGGAAGUCGGUUUCGAAAGCCAUGGCCGAAAGGGGUCACCUCGUUUCGCCUCAACAGUGUGAGGAUAAAUUCAACGACCUCAAUAAAAGGUACAAGAGGCUGAACGAGAUUUUAGGGAGGGGUACUUCUUGCGAAGUUGUCGAAAAUCCGGAGCUUUUAGACGUGAUGGAUCGAAUAUCGGAAAAAAACAAAGAGGAAGUUAGAAAGAUUCUUAGCUCGAAGCAUUUGCAUUACGAGGAGAUGUGUUCUUACCAUAAUGGGAAUAGGUUGCAUUUGCCUCACGAUUCGGAUUUGCAGCGUUCGUUAAAGUUAGCCCUUUUGCCUAAAGAUGACUGUGAUGGCAAUGAGUUUGAUGAUCUUGACGGGUCGGACGAGAAUCGGGUUGUGGAUCUGGAUCCGGGUCGCGGGCCGGGGAAACGGGUCAAGCAUAGCGAGGAGAAUCUUGAAGAUUUCGGCGUGAAAGAUUCUUUGAAUGCGCUAGAUUGCAAUAAAACGUUCGAUGAAAAUCAAGCGCCGAACGAAGAUGCGAAUACGAGUACGUUACAAAAGCAGUGGAUGAGUCGUAGGAAUGUUCAAUUAGAAGAAAAACGGCUACAUAUACAAGUGCAGACUUUGGAACUGGAGAAAGAGAGAUUUAAAUGGCAGAGGUUUUGCAGAAAACAAGAUCGGGAAUUGGAGAUGAUGAAAAUGGAAAUCGAGCGGAUGAAAUUAGAGAACGAACGAAUGGCUUUGGAGCUAAGGCGGAAAGAAAUGGGUAUUAUCGACAACAAUUAAUUUCGCAUUCGUUUAUAGCAUUUUAGAAUAUAGCUAUUUUAGAAAUCGCAUGCUAGAAUGGAUUUUCUGUCGAUUUACGGUUGUAAAACUCGCUUUCGUUAUUUAUAACCUAAAGGCUUCAUUUUUACGAAUUUGUGUUUUCCCGUAUUGUCUU